UUUCUUUCCUUCCAUAACCAUUUGUAAUACUAAGCUUUCUUUGUUCAUCAUCAUCAUCAGCCAUGGUUGCUCACUAUUUGAUUUUUGUCAUGAUUAGUAGUUUGUUUCUCGUUCACUGCAAUCACGUAACGGUAGUUCAUGCAGCUCGUUAUCUGUUGGAAACAACACCAACUGUUCCAGAGAUUCCCAAACCUACAUUUCCUAAACUUGAAUUCCCACCAUUACCUGAGAUCCCAAAUUUACCAAAGCUAGAGUUGCCGAAGAUUGACAUUCCGUCCUUACCAAAGCCAGAGUUGUCACCACUGCCUAAGAUAGACAUCCCAUCUUUACCGAAACCUGAGUUGCCAUCAUUGCCUAAGAUUGACAUCCCAUCUUUACCAAAACCUGAGCUGCCAUCAUUUCCUAAGGGUGAAAUUCCAUCUCUACCGAAGCUCGGAUUACCAUCAUUGCCUAAAACUGAAGCGGCAUCUUUAAGCGCGAACCAAGAGGUACCAAAGCUCGGUUUCUCAAUUUUGCCGAAACCUGAAUUGCCAAAAUCCAAUGUGCCUAUUACUCUUCCAAAGCCCGAGUUACCAAAAACUGAAUUGCCGAAGCCUGAAGUUCCAAACUCUGAAUUGCCACGGCCAGAAUUGCCCAAGACAGAACUCCCAAAGCCUGAAUUUCCCAAUCUAGAAGUGCCGAAGACAGAAUUGCCUAAGCCUGAAUCGCCGAAGAAUCAAUUCCCUAAGCCUGAAGUUCCUACUCUUCAAGACAAGCCUGAGUUGCCAAAGCUUGAUGCUCCAGCAUUGACGAAGCCCGAAUUGCCAAAGCUUGAGGUCCCAACUUUACCAAACACUGAAUUACCACCUUCUCUCCCCAAGGUCCCUACCGACCUACCCAAACCUGAGCUACCAUCAUUGCCCGAAUUCGAAAUUCCAAAACUGCCAGAAAUACCUUCUCUACCAAAACCUACAGUAUCUCACUCAACCAGCCCGUGAUUAAAUAGCUUUCCCAAUAGAAGUUCUUCAAUCUAAGUGGCGGCAGCUUCCGAGGCUGUGUGUUUACAUUUAAGUUUCUGGUUUUCGUGCUUUCUUUGUUCCAUUUGUUUGUGAUGAUUUAUUGUUUGUACGAGUAAUGUGACUUACUAUUCUUUGUAAUUUUCAGUAAAAUUUGGCUCGUAGUGAUGCCAUACAAUAUUGUUAUUUGUUUAAUUGCUGCA